UAUCAAACCUUAAAUCGAAUUAAAAGUAGUAUAUGCUAUACUACUCUUUUUGUGAAGAUGGACAAAAAUAUAUUAUUUUUGUUUUUCCUCUGUAUUACUCUGCACUUAGCAUCAACUGUAUCAGCUCAACUUCAAGUUGGUUUCUACAAUACUAAAACUAGAUGUCCAUCAGCAGAAACCAUAGUUCGCGAUACGGUGAGAACUCGAUUUUCAUCGGAUCGUUCCAUCACAGCAGCAUUGCUACGGAUGUAUUUCCAUGACUGCUUCGUCAGGGGUUGUGAUGCGUCGAUACUGAUAGAUUCAAAAAACACGAAGAACAAAAAGUCGGAAAAAAAUGCAGGAGCAAAUGGAUCAGUAAGAGGAUACGAGUUGAUUGAUCAAAUAAAGAGUAAAUUAGAAGCUAAAUGUUCUAAUACAGUGUCCUGUUCAGACAUCAUUGCUUUAGCUACUCGAGAUGCAGUUGCAUUAUCUGGAGGACCGAGUUACAGUAUACCCACUGGCAGGCGCGAUGGGCUCGUGUCAGACCCAUCCCAAGUGAACCUGCCAGGGCCUAGUAUAACGGUGCCACAAGCAAUUCAAUCUUUUAAAAGCAAAGGAUUUAAUGUGAAUGAAAUGGUGACGCUUUUAGGUGGACACACAGUGGGAAUUACACAUUGUAAUUUCAUUCAAGGUGAUAGGCUGUCGAGGGCGGAUGGAAGUAUGGAUAGCAAAUUGUUUAGUAGUCUUAGAAAGACGUGUAGUUCUAAUGGUGGGUCGCCAGUGUUUUUGGAUCAGAACACUUCGUUUACUGUUGAUAACUCUUUUUACAAACAAUUGAGGUUGAAGAAAGGGAUAUUGAAGAUUGAUCAGUUACUUGCAUCAGAUAGAUCUACUAGUGGAAUUGUGGCGAAUUUCGCUUCUAAUCCAAAAGCCUUCCAACAGGCUUUUGCGAAUGCAUUGAUCAAGUUAGGUAACACUCAAGUUCUUGUGGGGAAAUCAGGUGAAAUUAGAAAAAACUGUCGAGCAUUUAAUCCUCCUCCUCCUAAAAUCACGAAGAGUCCUCCCCCUCCUCCUCCCAAGAUCAUUAAGAGUCCUCCCCCUCCUCCUCCCAAGAUCACGAAGAGUCCUCCUCCUCCACCACCCAAAGUUUUUAGUCCUCCCCCCCCUAUGAUCACGAAGAGUCCUCCUCCUCCACCUCCCAAAGUUUUUAGUCCUCCUCCCCCUAUGAUCACGAAGAGUCCUCCUCCUCCACCUCCCAAAGUUUUUAGUCCUCCUCCCCCUAUGGUCACGAAGAGUCCUCCUCCUCCUCCUCCACCCAAAGUUUUUAGUCCUCCUCCACCACCAUCACCAUUCUUGAUUUCAGAUUCUCCUCCUCCUCCACCUCCACCUCAUCCUCCGGUUCCCAUUAGUGAUCCAUUCCUACCCGUGUUUGGCCCAUAAAGCUUAAGAUUACUCAACCCCUAGUACCAUUGUCAAUUGUAUUACCACAAUUAACUUGGUGCAUGUACGUUCUUAAUUCAUUACUUUGUAAUUUGUUGUUGUUGUUGAAUCUAUCAUUUGUAUUCUUUUUGGUAA